UGUUGGAGUAUUUGGAGCCAAUAGAUCCAUCAGUUGUAAAUUGUAAGUUUCUACUAACGUCCUAUCACAUUGAAGAUUGCCAACUAAUAUGAGCGGAACUUAAAGUCAUCCAGAUAUCUAAUAACGCGCCACCUACUACACACAUUAGCAGGCCUGAUGAGUCUGCUUUAAAUCGGUACGCCACAGCCUUAAUGAAAAAAAACAGUAGAUGUAGAUGUCUAUCCUGAAUAUAUUUUGGAUCUCCCUCGACGCCUACCUAAUUUGAAGGCUCUAUUACAACAACACUUAUAUUCAUCAGGAUCGUUUGGUCCAACGGGCUCGGCUGGACAAUUAAUAGGCCUUGCAUUUGCCGGGGAGACCCAUGUUGGCCUAGUCCGGUUCAGAGGCAUAUUCGUAAAGGCUCUCGAGUUUGCAUUCGGGACGGAAGAUAUGAGUAAUACGAGAUCCCUCAUUCUUUGUGUCGACAAUAUUCGAGGCUCAGGAAUAGCAAGUGUGGACGCAAAAUCAAUCAUAAAUGCAGUAUCCAAGCUACCUUCCUUACGACACCUGUACUGUUUCCAGAAGCCAGGGCGAAUUAACUGUACGUUGAGCGGGGAGCUUUAUAAGUUUGUCACAAAUAGAUCGGACCUGUUGCAGAGCGUGGAAGUCACUUUUAAUGGAGCAUUCUCUUUGUCGUUGAGAGAGAUGCCCUGGGUCAGAUCCCUUUACCCACCCUCGGCAUAUCACCCGCCCUCUGGAGCGGUCCCUGUUCAACACAUGUUCAUCCGUCGCUGCCGACUAUUUGAACCAAGCCGAAUCCAUAAUAUCGAUUGGUACACCUCAUACUACUUAGCACACGGGCUACUCAGGCCGGAGGCAUUUGCAGCUAAGUUUUUACGGUAUAUUUGGCAACCACCUGGCCGCCUGGCCGCCUUUUCCGCAGGACCGCCGUCUCUAACAGACCUGUCUCGCAUUGAGAUUCGCCCCCUACUAGAAUGGAAUAGCUUGCAGGGUAUUUCACAAGGAGCUUGGGUCUUGCUUUUGUCGAUAGAAGGGAAAAGUGAAGUACAGGCGGUGAAAUAUGCCCUUGUACGCAUGAAUGGCGACUCCUAUAAAAGGUUCACCCCUUAUGGAGCCAGGGUAACCUCAUCUGAAAUCGACGUUGUCGGGCUCAAAGAAUUCCUGGCAAUUUCGGCACCGGCCGUGGACCCGGCUCUGGUAGAUCGAUCGCUAGCAGAAACCACGAAACAUAUGGCGAGUUGGGUAAAUGAAGCAGAUAAAUCUCCAGAGCUAGAGCGUUUGAGUGUUAUGGACCUCCAUGAAACGGUUACUAUGCUGAAUGAAUGUUUGGAGAGCAUUUUUAAUUUUAUGGAUGAUACUUCUUCAAGCAGAUCAUCUCAAUGUCCUGCGUAUUGGUUCUUGCCGGCGCAUAGUGGACGUUUGUGAGUUCUAAGGGAGGAAUUUUCUAGAUACAUCUUAGAUGUUUGAUGUAUAUUGAUUUGAAUAUCUUAAC